UCAGCAUGAUUUCCUACCUAUAGGUACUUGUUUGUUUCUGCUGGAGGUAGUGUCCUGGCAGUCAUCACGAUGGGCAUCUACAGCACCCUCCUGUUCACCUCCACACUUGCCUUUGUUGUACUCGUGUGCUGUGUGGAUCACAGCUGUAUCCACACCUGGGCAUUUCUAAUGCAGAUGUUGUGGCAAACCUUCUGGCACCUACUUAUACAGUACAGGGAAUACUACCUGCACGAACCAGUCAGCAUCAGGUAUUAAUCUUGAUUUCACUCUGCUGUUACAAAUUACAUGAACGUAUGGGACAGUUUUCAUGCUAUAUCCUCCUAACCUUUCUUAAGUAAAUAUUCUCUAGGGUGUACAGAUGUAUGAAUCAAGCCUGUUCUAACUUAGGAUGUUGUAUAAAAUAUAAAUAAAGCAGCAGGCAGUGAUUUGUAAAUCAUUGAAAUUCCAUAUUCAACUGAAAAUAUUACAUGUAAAACAAUAGCUUCACAUGUGGAAGCUGUGAAAGCUUGUUGUCUGAAAAAUAUAAGCUUAACAACCUGUUUCUAAUAAGGAAGCAAGAUAAGACUGGGGGAAAAAAGGCUAUGGUAUUUAUUUAAAAACCAAGCAGGGAAGCUGACUCUUUCAGAAGUUAAGCUGGAGAGGGGAUCUCUCCUCUCUCUUCUAUAACAAGUUACAAAAAGUUGCCAUCUUUAAGAAGACUGAGGACCUGUGUCCAGAGCAGUACAUAAGCAUGAACUGCACCUUAAGAAGGUGCAGUUCAUGCUUAGCACAUAUUUCAAAAUCAAGUAUCCGUGAUGGUAUCCAGGCAUUGAUUACCUGCAAAGGCAUCACUAAUGUGUAACAAUAUCUACUAGGUUUGGAACAACAGAGACAUCGUCUUUUUCAAGAAAGAUCAUAUUUACGUAAGAAAGAACACAUUUACAUCAUGAAAUUAAAAAUAUAACAAUGUAGAACAUAAAAUCAUCAAUUGAAUUUAGUACCAAAUCACAAAAGCAAGUGCUUUAAGUUGUAAGGCAAUGACCCUACAGUAUUAGAGAGAAAACCACAACAAUCAGAUGAUACCGUAUGGGCAAACCACUUGGUGAUGGUGGGAAGGAAAACCCCCCUUUUAACAGGAAGAAGCCUCCAGGGAGGGACAGACAUCUGCCACAACGGUUGGGAGGUGAAACUCCUGAGCAGGUUAUCUUGCUCUUUCAAAUAUAUAAGCUAUGUUCUGAUCUUUGAUAGGAUUAGAACACAGCACAGACCCUUCAGUUUUCAAAUGCAUACAGGGUUGUAAACACAGUGGCAAAAAUGUUCCUAAUCACACUUUUAUGAAAUAUGUCAAAGUCAAAACAACCAUGUGUUUUUCAAUAAAACAUUCUCUGUUGCUUGAAGCAUUCAACCACAACACGUGAUUUUAGCAGCCUGUUGACUUGGUUUCUUGUUUCCAAGAAUUUUUAUGUUGUUGCCUAACCUGUUAGAUGCAGUUUCCAAGAAUCAACUUUGUGUGAUCACAGCACUAGAACAGCUACUAAACAGACUCCAAUAUGAAUGUCAGAGGCCAUUUCUUCACCAUUAUAGAUGAACCCUUAGCCUAAGUUAGACAUAAUGUUUUUACAUCUAAUGUAAAAAGAUUAAAUGUAUACAGAUAUCCUAUUUAAUCACAGUAACAUCUCUUUCACUUUCAGACUAUUUUUGGCAGUGUCCACUUUGAUGCUGCUCACCCAGAGAAUCACCUCUGUGUCUUUGGACCUUCAAGAAAAACGAGGCGUACUGACACCAUCCAAAAGGCAGGCUUGUGUCACGCUUCUCCCUCUUAUCAGCUACAUCCUCAAUUUUACCACACUGCUUGGUGGUCCUUUGGGUUCCUAUGGACAAUUCAUUACUCUAAUGGAGGGGAUCAACCUCACCUCGCCACCCAGUCCACUAGGUGUAGUUUUCCUAAAGCUGAUGCAAGUGUUAAUGCUAGAGUGGGUUAGAUUUUAUCUUGUCUAUUUUCUAAAAUAUCUUAUCCAUGAUUUCAACCCUGGCAUCCUCUAUGGCAUCCUGUCGACCUGGUGUCUUGGACUGGUUUUAAGAAUACAGUAUUACUCUCACUGGAAGAUCAGCGAAUGCCUCAAUAAUGCAGCAGGGUUUGGCUUUUGGGAAGAUUCAUCUGGGGACUAUUUCUCCAAAUGGAGCGGACUAUCCGAUGGGGACUUCUGGACCACUGAGGCGUCAAUAUGCAUGUCACAGUUUGCUCGUCGCUGGAACGCCACGACAGCUUCAUGGCUGCGUAGACUAGUUUAUGCAAGGCACAAACACUUCCCACUAUUCAUGUGCUUUGGUUUUUCACUGUGGUGGCAUGGUUUACACUUAGGACACUUUGUGGGGUUUUUCACCUGGGCAGCAACAGUGAAAGCAGACCAUCAUAUUCACAGGAACCUUUUUCCAAAUAUUACACCGACACAGAGAAAAAUCUACACUUUUGUAAACUGGAUAAACACUCAGAUGGUUGUUACUUGCAUUGUUAUAGCGGUAGAAUUUAGAAAUUUGUCUGGUUUGAAUCUUUUAUCCAAAACAUACAUAGGUCUUUUUCCACUUGUUAAUAUAAUCCUGCUCUUUAUCAUUUUAAACCUCAAUUCACUAGAACAGUAGUCUAUAUUAUUAAAGUAAAAAGAAUGUUGACUUUGGCUUCAGGAACAUAACAUAUAACUGGGCUUAGAUUAUAACACCAUUUCUACAUUUCAGAUGCAAUUAUAAAACACUAAUUACACCCCUACCUCUUCCAUAUGAAUUAAGAGGGUAAGUAGCAGUCACAUGCUGUUAAUCAAAAAGCAAAAGCAAGUGUGAUCACCUCUAUAAAAGUGUUUUUUUCAGCGGUUUCUGGGUUGGUGCAUUCAGAUGUAAUAUGGGCUACAUCUCAGACUCUCAUGGCAGUACAAUUUGACUGAACAGUUAUGGCUUGUUUGCCAGGAGAAAAAUUUCUUCUUUCUAAAAAGAAAGCAGCAGUUUAGGUUUGCCAAGUUUCAACUGAAUGACACACAAGAAAAAAAACCCCAACAUGGCCAUAAUGCACAGACCUACGUUUGACAAAAACCAAAACACAGGAUGCCCAGGACCUGGACACCUUACAUUCACUGAGUCGACCUUCAGCUCUUCUGUAUACCAAAGUAUUGUGAAAUGUGAGGCCAUCUGUCUGACAGCUAGUUUUGCCAAAACUGGGUCGUACAACAGGACAAUGAUCCCAAGCAAACCUGGAAAUCUACAACAGAAUGGCUAAAAAAAGAAACACAUCAAAGUGUUGCAAUGGUAAAGUCCAGUCCUCAACCUGAUUGAAUUGCUUUGGCAGGACCUUAAGAAACUUCCACAUAAACAAAUGCCUGCAAAUAUCGAGCUGAAGCAACACUGUAAAGAAGAGUGGGCCGAAAUUCCUCAACAACAAUGUAAGAAACUGAUAAAGUCAUAGAGAAAAUGAUUACUUCAAGUUAUUGCAACUAAACCUACCUUCUAUAUCGGAAGAUGUACUUAGUUUUACACUGGACUGGAUGGAAAUGAAUUCUCUUUUAAAUUUGGGGCAGAGUUUUAGAGUACUGAAAUAUCAUAGGUGAGAACAGUCUCAUGUUGCAAAAGCACUAAAAAAACCCCAGUAAAGUCUGCAGAUCUACAUGCUGCCUGCCCAGCAUAAAAACAAAGAGCACCAAUGUCA